AUGUCGUCCUUCUUGUCAGAGAACCUUUCAAACCCCAGGUUCCAGCUCUUGGCGACUGCCGUCCUGUCCGGAGCCACCGCCGCCUCGCUGCUGCUAGGUUACCAGGCCCUUGAGCGAAAGGAGCGGGUCUAUGAGCUCAAGAGCUCGAUACCCAACGAUGACCCAAACCUUCAGCCUUUGAACAAUUAUGGCGGCUCAUCAGCACCGCCUGUCGACAAGGAGGAUGCCAGGAAUCAGGCGCUAGCACGCCGGGCUCAGGCAGGAGACUUUGAUGAGGAACUCAUCCUUGAGCAACUGGCGCGCAACAGGGUCUUCUUGACGGAUGAAGGUCUCGACAAAUUGCGCAACUCGUUCGUCAUUGUGGUGGGCUGUGGUGGUGUCGGUUCUCACUGCACGGCAUCCCUGGCUCGCUCAGGAGUUUCCAAGAUUCGACUCAUCGACUUUGAUCAAGUAACACUGAGCUCACUGAACCGGCAUGCCGUGGCUACCCUGGCGGAUGUCGGCAUACCCAAGGUUCAAUGUCUUCAGAGACGGCUGAUUGCCAUUGCACCAUGGGUCAAGUUCGAUUUGAUACAGGAGCAGUUCAACGAGGGAGUGGCAGAGCGCAUGCUCCAGCCUUGGGAUGGACGAGCGCCCGACUAUGUGAUCGAUGCCAUCGACAACAUCGAGACAAAGGUCUCUCUGCUCGAGUACUGUUACAACAACAAGAUUCCCGUCAUCAGCGCCAUGGGAGCUGGCUGCAAGAGUGAUCCAACGAGGAUUAUCGUGGGAGACAUAGGAAGCAGCAAGGACGACGGUCUAUCAAGGGCGACACGGCGGAGACUCAAGCUGAAGGGAAUCACGAGCGGUAUCCCGGUGGUUUACUCGACAGAGACAUCAGGGGCUGGAAAGGCCGAGCUACUCCCCCUGCCAGAGGAGGAGUUCCAGAAGGGUUCCGUGGGCGACCUAGCAGCCAUGCCCAACUUUCGCGUUCGCAUUCUCCCCGUCCUCGGCACCAUGCCCGCCAUUUUCGGUCUUACCGUUGCGAACCACGUUAUCCUGAGCGUUACAGGCUAUCCCCUAGACUACGUUCCCUCCAAGGGCCGUGAUCGCAUGUACGAGGGUAUCUUGGCGUCACUCCAGGGCUAUGAGGACAAGCUGGCGCGCAUCACCUACAACGGCGAUACAGUAGGUCUCAAGAUGCCCAUCACGGUCGGUGAUGUGGCGUUCCUCUCGGAAGAGAUAUACCGCGGGAGGAGCGCCAUCAGCGGGAUCCCCACCAAGCUGGUGCUCAUCAGGUGGAGGAAGCCCUCUGGCAGCAGCAUGACGACGCUGGGCAAGGGCAAGGACAUGCAAAAGUGCUCCACCGUCCAGCUGAGUGAUCUUGUCUGCAUGACCAAGGAGGAGGCCAUACGGCACGAGAAGAAGGUGUUCAAGUCGGGGAAGCCUCUAGAGGAGGUGUACGACGCUGCGACGAUUGCGAGGGUCGAGGAGAGGAGGAAGGAGGCUGAGAAAUAUGAAGCCUUUCGAUGA